AUGUUUACUGGAAGUGUAAAAGGUUUUCUCUUCACGCCAUCGUCUGCUGUUAAUGUAGCCAUCGACUGCGGACAGAUCCGUGGAUUUUAUAACGACACUUCCGGUGCGUACUCGUUUCUAGGCAUACCGUAUGCGAGCCCGCCCGUCGGCCGACUGAGAUGGAUGCCACCGGUGCCCGUUAACGCUUCAAACGGAAACUGCUGGAAUGGAGUGUAUGAAGCUACGUCAUUCACCAGUCCAUGUAUACAAAGAAACUUCAGUGACGUUGACAACUCUGGCAGCUUUAUCGGCAGUGAAGAUUGUUUGCAUUUGAACGUAUGGAGUCCCAGUUUGGAUACUACAGCGAUACUUCCGGUGAUGUUCUGGAUUUAUGGUGGAAGUUUGACAGAUGGAAGGGCUGACGCAGGCGAUGAUGGCUAUGGUCCUACAACGGAGAUGGCUCGCGACCAUAACGUUGUCUAUGUUAGCCUUAACUAUCGUCUUAACGCCUUUGGAUUUAUGUCUUUGGACAUGUUGAGGGCUGGAUCACCAACCAACACUUCCGGGAAUUAUGGGUUUAUGGACAUGCUGACAGGACUACAAUGGGUGCAGAACAACAUCCGGCAGUUUGGAGGAGACCCAAACCAGGUGACGAUAUUUGGUCACAGCUCGGGAGGAACAGCUGUAUUUGCCUUGUUAGGGUCGCCGUUGAGUCGCGGUCUCUUUCACAAGGCGUGGAUGUCCAGCGCCUCACCGAUCAUGAACAAAACCGCUGAAGACGCGAACAGCGACAACCAAGCGUUCGUCAGGAAGUCGGGAUGUGCUGAUGUUGGCUGCCUGUAUAAUCUGACACCAGCGCAGAUCAUCGCCAGUCUGCCCUGGAAGGAGUUCCCGUAC